AUGACAUGGAAACUAUUGAUUUUCUUCGGUCUGCUCAUAAUUUUGGUCUACGGCAGUGAUGACGAGUAUCGUCUGCUCAAGGAUCUUCGAGAAGGGUUUGGUAGAAAGCGCGCGUCCGCAUGGUGCAUCGUUGUUGUUCAGGUACGAUCCGAUGGAACGGCCCGUUUUAGAUCAUCGCAAGCCGGUGAACGUGAAGUUACGACUCAUUUUACAACAAUUGGUCGAUGUGGACGAGAAAAAUCAGGUGAGAUGUGAGAAGAAAGUUGCAAAAGCUCACACACUUCGGCAGGUGAUAACUCUGGUGGUGUGGACGCAGUACACGUGGCACGACUACAAAAUGAGGUGGUCGCCGGAGGAGUACGGUAACAUCACGACACUCCAAAUCGCGUACGGAACGCUCUGGAAGCCCGACAUUCUGCUGUUCAACAGUGCCAAUGAGCACUUUGACGCCAGUUUUCCCGUCAACAUGGUCGUCUCGAACGACGGAUCCGUUCUGUUCGCGCCGCCCGGUCAGUAAGCGCUUUCGGCGGGGGAAAUUUGAAUGUUACUACGUGAAACAAUCAAAAUUCUCCGUCUUCCAGGUAUUAUGCAAGUCUCGUGUUCGCUCUCAAUGACCUGGUUUCCGUUCGAUGAACAAGUUUGCUAUUUGAAAGUGAGUCGUGGCCUAGAAAACCAAACGUCGGCCACCAACCCUAAUUCCAGUUCGGUUCGUGGACUUAUGGCAAGAAAUUGGACCUGCAAAUCGACGAUGCGGAUCUGUCGGGACAGCACAAAAUGGACCUACAAUAUUACGUGCCGAACGGAGAGUUCGACUUGCUCGCGACGCCCGCAAUGCGAAAAUCGACGACUUUUCUCGACGAAACCUACGUGGAGCUCUAUUUUCAUAUGCACUUGAAGCGGAGAGUACUGUACUACGGCAUGAACUGGAUCAUCCCGUCCAUCUUGAUCUCGCUGAGCAACAUUUUGGGAUUCACCAUGCCGCCCGAGUGCGGUGAAAAGAUCACGCUGCGUUCGUUUUUUUUCUUUUGCAGAAAAAUGUUUGUCUUGAGUACUUGAAAAGUGGUCCGAAAAAUUUUUGUCAUAAAAAAUAGUUGAUGAUUAUACUCAUUCGAUUGCAAAUUUCACGCUGAUCAAUUUUCUCUCUUGCCACAUACUCGUAUCUUUUCUAGUUUUCGAGUUAGACCUCAACAAUCACCCCUCCCCGCGAAAAAUCAAUAAAUCUCAGAAAAACGUGGAUUGUUCUUGGAUAAUUUCUACAUUUCAGAGAUCACCAACUUCCUCUCAGUCAUGGUUUUCCAUCAAAUGGUGUCCGAAGUGACUCCGCCCACUUCUGAAUCCAUCCCCGUCAUCAUUGCGUUUUUCUCGCUUUCCAUGGGCAUUUUGGCCCUUUCCAUCUGUGUUUCACUCAUUAACAUCACUAUUUUCUAUCGACAUCCUAAAAUGCACAAAAUGGGCGAUUGGGUGAGUCGGUAUUUUUCGAAAUGUGCAACAACAAAAACAAAUUUCCUAUCGAAUGAGUAUAAUUAUGUCAAAUUUUGCAGACCCGCUUCGUCUUCCUCGAAUGGCUGCCGUGGUUUCUUCUAAUGAGCCGCCCGGAGCACACAUUUCGACGGCCGCAUCGACGGAAAAAAAGCAAAGAGGAGGACAAUGAAUCCAAAGGGUCCGGCGACCAAACGCGGGCAGAAGAACACGAAAAAAUGCUCGAGGAGCCGAAAAAUGUCCGGCCGAGACUUUUGGUCAACAGCCAAAUUGUCGUCGAUUCGUGCGUGCCGUAUUUCGAGGAAAUUAUCGGAUUUUUACAGACUUUUCGCGUAAGUUUCCUUCUUAUUUGAAGCAUUUUGAAUUGAAAUGAUGCAAAUGCGCUCCAAUGCGAAUUGCAUCAUUAGAAAGCUGAAAACGCUGAAAAACCACCCACUGUUCUUGCAGCAAAAACUGGAGGACGACGAAGAAGAAGAGGAGGAGACUCUGAACUGGCGAUUCAUGGCGAUGGUCAUCGACCGAUUCUCGCUCUUCCUCUUCACGUUUCUCAUUUUCGGCGCCACACUGAUGGUGUUCGCCGUCAUUCCGAACUUGGGAUCCGCCGAUCCGAUUGUCGACGAGAUUUUGAGAAAAGUCCGAUGA